AUGCUAUUGUGGAGGAUAGGACAAAAUGCUCACCCCACUGAAGAAAAUAUUGUGCUGAGAAUUGGUGAAGGGGAUCCUAACUGCGUGUUAUGUGGUGAAAAUAUAGAAAAUUGCUACCAUCUAUUUUUUAAGUGCAAUGUUGCCAGGGCACUUUGGUUUGCUAGCUGUGAUGGAUUGAGAUCUGAUUCCAUACCGAUCUCCACUAAUGAGGAUAUUGUCCAAUUCAUAGUUAGUCCUAACAACUUUUUGGGGGUGGUAACAACAAGGAAUAAAGAGGAUAAUGAAUUAAACUCAUUAAGAAUGAUGAUCACUUUAGAAGCAAUUUGGUUCAUGAGGAAUCAACUAUUGCACAAUGCUGGCCACAUUGACAUUAUGGAGGCCUCCCAACUUAUAAAGAAGAGAACAUUGGAAUAUGCUAAGACCUUAUCAAAGGAAAAGAAUGUAUCCAAGGACAAGAGCAUAGAUGGUUGGGAAGCUCCAGAGGAUUGA